UUCACAACAACCAUAUUUCACCCAAACGUCAGCCAAACGGGUGCCAUAUGUUUGGACACAUUGAAGCGGAACUGGAGCGCCGGUCUCAGCAUUGGUAAAGUGCUUCUGACUGUGCAGUCAUUGUUAGCCGACCCGAACCCCAACCGGAUCCACAAAGAGUUGACAGAACUUCAAAGAGAUCCGCCGCCGGGCUGUACGGCUGCACCCAAUGGCGACAACUAUUUCCAGUGGACGGGCAGUAUUGAGGGCCCGCCGGACACCCCUUACGAGGGCGGACUGUUUAAUGUGCAAAUCAAUUUCCCGGCCAAUUACCCGCUGAGUGCACCACAAAUCUCAUUCACAACAAAAUAUAAAGUGGGCUUGCAACACGUCAGUAACAACCGGCUGGGCUUGGCCAACGACGCCUACAACGGCGCGGCUGCGCGCAUGUAUCUCAACAAUCGGCAAAUGUAUAACAAAACUGCUGUCUCAACAUUGUCAUUGUUGGCCGACCCGAACCCCAACGACGCCUACAACGGCGCGGCUGCGCGCAUGUAUCUCAACAAUCGGCAAAUGUAUAACAAAACUGCCCGACAUUGGACUCUACAACACGCAUACCCUCCGCCCGACUAUGUGUUCACUACUACUCAAACCACUACCACUCCGGCCAACAACCAGAACAGCACCGGUACGGGUGGAUCCGGUAGCAGUGGG